AUGAAGUUGAUUGCUGUAUUUGUCGGUCUUUUAGCUUCGGCCACGGCACAACCGGAAAGCAUUACAGCUUAUAAUUACCAUGAAGCCGUUGGUAUAACAGAAGCUACAAGAAUCCAGCAGGCAGAAGCAGCUCUCGACUUUGAUGGGUCCAGGAUAGUUGGAGGCAGCAUAUCGAGAUUGGGGGCUAAUCCACACUUAGGUGGUAUGGUUGUAACGUUACUCGAUCGAAGGACUUCAGUGUGUGGAUCUUGUCUCCUCACAAACACCAAGGCAGUGACUGCAGCUCAUUGCUGGACUGACGGUCGUGCCCAGGCUGUGCUCUUCACGCUAGUACAUGGUUCUCUGCGACUGUUCUCUGGUGGAGUAAGGACCUCUACUAGCAAUGUUGUGAUGCACCCCAAUUGGAAUCCAAGCAAUGGCUACAGCGAUAUUGCCGUUGUUACAUUCUUCAGAGUAAAUUUCAAUAACAAUAUUCAGCCCAUUACCUUAGCUUCCGGCAACAAUAACUAUGUCGGCACGUGGGCUCUAGCUUCAGGGUACGGCGCUAUUGCACAAGGUGAAAGUGUCUCCAGGGCAACAGUACAAAGGGAAGUUAGUCUAAGAGUGAUUUCGAACGCGGAGUGCCGUCAAACGUUCAGUUUCAUAUCCGACUCAGUCCUCUGUGUGGACACUCAGGGCGGCAGAGCCAGUACUUGCGGUGGUGACUCCGGUGGUCCCCUUGAUAUUGGAAAUGGAAAUUCUAGAGCUUUGAUUGGUAUCACUUCCUUUGGCCAUAAUGAUGGCUGCCAGCGUGGUCAUCCAGCUGCCUUCACCAGGGUUACAUCUUUCAAUGCUUGGAUUAGAAGUCAUUUGUAA